UACCUGGUUGCUGUGCUGCCUCCGCCUGAUCGACCGCGUAGACCCUGGCCUGCUGCCUGCCCCUCUGCUGCUGCUGCUGCUGAGGUGGUCUCUGUGCCUGCUGUCGUGGCUGCUGCUGUUGUGGGGGCUGCUGAGGCUGCUGCUGAAGCUUCUUCGGGCAACGACUCGCGAAAUGUCCCGGCUCCUGGCAAAAGUAACAGAUGUCCUGUCCAGCACGACACUCUCCCCUGUGAAGUCGACCACAAGUUGGGCACGGUGGAAUCUGUCUCU